AUGUACGGCAAUUGGCAACAUCUGGGUGACAAGUCAGAGGAAGCUGCCCCCUGUAUUAGCAACUUCACCAGCACCUUCGUCCUCUGUUCAACCUCUCAGUCAAAUCAGCCAUACCAAGUCCUCUGUGAAGUACCGAGGACCUUGGACCUAUCCAGGCAGCGGCGAGCCCAUCAAAAGUCUAGGACAGGUUGCCAAAACUGCAAAAGGCGGCGGGUCAAGUGCGAUGAAGCAGACCCUUGUGAGAACUGCAGCAGAAGAGGUGACUACUGCCUGCGCCUCAGGCGAGACAGGAGACGAACUCUGAGCUCAACUCCUGUCACGCUGCCAACGCAGACCAAUCUCACGAGCCCCACAUCGACCACGGCGGAUGUCAAUCUGUUCGACCUGAGAUUGUAUCAUCACUUCCUGACAAGCACGUGCCAGACGCUCCUAUUUGACUCUGACGUCUGGCGGUGUGUGUCUCAACUCUGCUUCGAGUUCGACUUCUUAAUGAGUGCUAUUCUAAGCGUCUCAGCACGUCAUCUUGCCUUCCUCCGGCCAGAUGACUCGACAUAUCCAGGCGCUGCGACUGGUCACUUAUGUCGUGCGCUGUCAAAGUUCCGUCUUGCACUGUUCAAGGACCUCGUUUCUGUUCAUCCUGACGCGUUCAUCGCGACCUCGGUCCUGCUCCAAUUCGAGGUAUGGGCUGAAACAGACUCAUUUGUCCUCCAGGACGGCAGCACCUGGCCAUCAUUCCACCCAUCGAAAGACCACAUAUUCUCGUUCUGUUCCAGUCUGAAAGAGAUGUUUCUGAGCAGUUUCCCGCAUGCCGCCGUGAAGAAGUCGGCACUGAUGCCUCAUAUUCAGCACAAUUCUGUGAACACACUGGCAACACAAGUAGUGCUUAACGAGAGGAAAUUAGCUGAAUACCGAAGACUCUUCUCUUACCACCGGCCAAUUUCUUCAAAACUUCUUGAUAUCACUUCACCAUCUCUGGAUUUUGCUGCGAUCGGCACGGUGGACCCCCAGCCAGAUCCUAUUCUCGGACGGCACGAGGUCCCCGACGCAGCAUGUCACGGGUAUUCCCAUAUUGUUGGGCAGGUCUCGCUUAUCCUGUCGUUGUUGCCCCGAGAUUAUUCUGAAGGCUUUGAUCCGGCCGAUCCGAAAUCAAUGCAAAUACUAGCAAGGCAUAUCCUGUCAUUUCCGAUAUUAUGUCGUGGCACCUUCGCGUCAAUGAUAACCCAGGGCGAUCCGCACGCGCUGAUCUUGCUGUAUCACUUUUAUCGAGCCGUGGGAAGACUGCUUCAUUCGACGAAUUAUUGGUGGGCACACAAAAGAGUGGCAAUAUUAGAACCAGCUCUGAAGCACUGGCUACUGGAAAACUGUGUUGCGGCAACCACACACUGA